AGCCUCAAAAAAUUCUUUCAGGAAGACUCUUCAAGAAGUCACAAUGUCAACCAACACAGACCUUUCUCUUUCUUCGUAUGAUGAAGGUCAGGGAUCUAAGCUCAUUCGGAAAGCUAAGGAGACCCCGUUUGUCCCCAUUGGAAUGGCAGGGUUUGCAGCAAUUGUUGCCUACGGGUUGUACAGACUGAAAAACAGGGGCAACACAAAGAUGUCCAUUCACUUGAUCCACAUGCGUGUGGCAGCCCAGGGCUUUGUUGUCGGAGCCAUGACUCUGGGUAUGGGCUAUUCCAUGUAUAAGGAAUUCUGGGCCAAGCCUAAGCCUUAGAAGACGAGCUGCUGCCUUGGUCUGGGAGGUGCUUGCUUUAGUUAGACGUCUCAUAUUGAGGUUACAUGUUUGUGUCUACAAUAAAUAACAUGGGUUUAGACAAUAACACAGUAUUGUAUAUUGGCUCACUUUCUUGCCAGCUUGAUUUACCCAGUGACCAAAUUGUUGGUGACUAGUUCACUAACUCGGUCACUGGGGGCAGUCAGGUUAACACAGAAGAAAUCUGUCCCCUGGAUGUAGCUGGCAACAGUGUUCUCCUUGCACCCUUAUGAUGCGAGUUUUAAGGAGGACGGUGGACAGUCCAGACACACAGUGUGCUGCAGGGCUGGCCUUGCUUUGGAAGAUGUUGGUGAAGAAUUCAUUUAGCUUUUUUUGUCUGCCUGUAGGCUGGCUUUAGAACUUAAGGUUUUAAGGUUUAUUUAUUGGCUUCUGAAAACACUUUCCAAAGAAUGCAUGAAAAAUAAUUAACUUAUAAGCUCCCCUACAACUGAGGGAGGGCAGGGUGUGUGUGUGUGUGUGUGUGUGUGUGUGUGUGUGUGUGUGUGCAACCAGGAAAGCUGAUGAGAGCUGUAGAGUUUAUUCGGAUCAUACUUACACACAGAGUAAUUAUGGGUUCCAGUUUAGCUCUUUUAUAAUUGCAAAGUUAUAUUUUUGCUGCUUUUUAAUAGGAUAGUUCUUCAACAUCAUAUUGAAAUGGAGGUAUUUUUGUUUCUUUUUUGUGAUGCUGGGUAUUAAUGCAGGGCCUCAUGUAAGCUAAGCAAUUGCCAUUACCACUGAGCUAUAGCCCAGCAGAAGUAGGUACUCUAAAUGGUGGUACAAACGUGAUAAAGAAAAUACACAGCUUACUGUGGACAGUGUGUCUUACUUUCCCUGUAAGAAUCAUAACUACCAAAGUGCCAUAAAUGAGAGAAUGGUGGGUACGCUGUUUUUACACACAGACUUGGAUAUGCAGAAUGCUUGGUGCACUGUAAAAUCCCCAGUUCAACAGGAACUUACAUUCCACAGUGACAACAUGGCAUGUGUGUUGUUAUUAAAAUAAGUGAACACA